AUGUCUUCUCGAAACUCCAGACGCUCUCAACUUGGUCAAAGCUCAAGCUCUAGAAGUUCUAGACCCUCAGAGAGCACAGCCCUACUCAUCGAAUCCCUCAACACGCACCGUGUAAAUACGCUCACGGAGCUCUGCAGGAUUGAACGAAAAGCUGCCGCUUCUAAUGAAGAGGAAUUACUUCUCAUCCGAGAUCCCUUGACCGCAGCUUGGACUUACUACGUCACAUCCUACAACCUACUCAAUGAACUCCGCAACUUGACGCCAAAUUACACUUUCAGCAGUGAUUUACUCGAUGAUGCCAAAUGGAGAGUGAGUAGCGACCCAAAUAGCGACAGAAGUUGGAAUUAUGCCUGGUUGGUUUUGAUCAAAAUAUAUGAUGAUAAAAUGAUACAAACAAAUGCAGAGAGUGAAGCAUCCAAACUAGAAAUGUGGGGAGGCCGAUACCCAGAAGCCGAGGAGGCGGCUCAGCUCGCUGCUUGCUUUGCGUAUGAGUGGCAAGAAGCUCUGGAUCAGAUGCUGAGACAUUGGGAGACGCCUCCAACUAAUUCCGGAUACUAA